AUGAGCCGUCGUCACAUCGAUGUAUUGUGCUCCGUCGGAGCUCCGCUGCAGCGAGGGGGUACUCAUCAGACUAGCGGCAUCCUGAUAAGACAAGCAACAACCAAGCGAACCAAGCUAACCAAGCAACGAUCCACAACAUUGGCGGAAGAAGCCCCCAAAAUUGCGAUGGUUACCUUCAUUUCAGCCCAGACUUGCCACUGUGCUAUUGCGCUAUACCGUGCAAAGAUACCGAGGUCAGCAUCCCUGCCUCCAGGGAUUUUGAGCUCCAGUGCCGGACGUUCAAUCCGGAUCUAG